AUGGAGCCACCAACCUCCCCACCAGCAGCAGACAUCGCAAAACCCUUGUCCGAUUUCCAAAAGAUAGGCCACAACACAUACCUCUGGACCUCACCGCCCUAUCUGUCUCAGCCUGCAGAUCAAACACCACUCAUCCUCCUCUUCGCCUGGAAUGCCGCGGCCGCAAAGCACAUCGCCAAAUAUACCCUCACCUACCAGAAGCUGUUCCCCACAUCCCGCAUCUUGCUAGUACGAUGCUUCACCGAAGACAUGUUCCGUAGCGCCUCUUCCUACAGCUCCUUACUCCAGCCAGCAAUGGAUCUUGUAGCUGAACACACCACUUCAGGAGGCCAAGUCCUUGUUCAUAGUUUCUCAAACGGCGGCGGGAAUCAAGUCAAUGAGUUUGCGAAAACGUGGACGAAGAAUUAUGGCACAGUACUACCGAUGCGAGCACAGAUCCUCGAUUCCAGUCCAACGAAAGGUCCAUGGAUGAAGAGCCACGCAGCGAUUUCUGCUUCGCUUCCCAAAAGCAUGUUUUGGGUUUGGUUUGGCGGGGCGCUGGUACAUCUCUUGCUUGUUUGCACAUUUGUUGCUGAUAAGGUUAUGGGGAGAGAAAACAAGAUGGUGGUUUUGUGUCGGGAGCUGAACGAUGAGUCGGUAUUUGACACCAGGGUACCGCGUGUGUAUUUGUAUAGUAGAGCGGAUCAGAUGGUGGGUUUUGAGGAAGCAGAUGAACAUGCUGAUAUCGCCAAGGCGAAGGGGUGGGAUGUGACAAAGGUACAGUUUGAGAAGAGUUCGCAUUGUGGGCAUAUCAGGGAGGACGAAGGGAGGUAUUGGGCGGCGGUUAUGGAGGCUUGGAAGAAGGGACCGAGAAAGAAGUAG